AUGCUGCAUUUUGCCUCGCUGUGGAGGUUCCAAAACGGGCUUUCCUUGGACUCAGGUCCCAGGAAGCCGAGCUUCACCAACCCUCCGAGAGAGUGAGAGGGAUGGAGGGGAAGAAGAUCAGGACUCCACUUCCGGUGGGGAGGGGGGCGGGACCCCAGCCCGCUCACGCCGGAAGUGGUUUGCGUUUUCAAGAUGGCGACUCCCUAUGUAACUGACGAGACCGGCGGCAAGUACAUUGCCUCAACACAGCGACCCGACGGGACCUGGCGCAAGCAGCGGAGGGUGAAAGAAGGCUAUGUGCCCCAGGAGGAGGUCCCAGUGUAUGAGAACAAGUAUGUGAAGUUUUUCAAGAGUAAACCAGAACUGCCUCCAGGGUUGAGCCCCGAGGCCACUGCUCCUGUCAACCCAUCAAGGCCUGAAGGUGGUGAGUCAGGCCUCUCUAAGACAGCCAAACGCAACCUGAAGCGGAAGGAGAAGAGGCGGCAGCAGCAUGAGAAAGGGGAGGCAGAGGCCUUGAGCCGGACUCUGGAUAAGAUGUCCCUGGGAGACGCAGCUCAACUCCCCAGUGCUCCACAGGGCUCCCAAGCAGCCCCUACAUCUGCCUCUGACCAGCCUGACCCAGCUGCCACCACCGAGAAGGCCAAGAAGAUAAAGAACCUAAAGAAGAAGCUUCGGCAGGUGGAAGAGUUGCAGCAACGGAUCCAGGCUGGAGAAAUCAGCCAGCCCAGCAAAGAGCAGCUGGAGAAGCUAGCAAGGAGGAGGGUGCUGGAGGAGGAGCUUGAGGACUUGGAGCUCGGCCUGUGAGGCCUUUGGGGAAUAGGGAGUGGACUGCAGAACAAACCAUGGGGCUUUCUGGGGUCCUGGAGAACAUGAGCAACAGCAGUCAGGAGGGGUCCCCCCCAGUACUGGCUCAGUUUCAUCUUUCAUAGCCCAGCUCUGUCCUCCAGAGCCUAGCCUCUCCUUCAUUCCUUUCCUUUUCUUCCAAACUCCUAUUUUUUGGACUUUUCCCCCCUGCAUUCCCAGUGUUCAAAAAUCCCGCUGACUGCCCCAGUUUCCUUUGCCGCUGAUUUGGGUAUCUCGUUCAAAAGAAAAUUGGGUGGGUGGGAAUCUCUGAGAACUGAGGGUAAGGGUAGGGGAAGUACGCCCAAGUCUUGGUUCCUGUUCACAGUGUUUAUGACUUAUUUCCCCCUCCAUCCCUGACCUUUUUUUUUUUUUUUUUUUUUUUAAAGAACAGAAUAAACAAGUAGACAAAUUGUC